UUUCCAAGACGUGGGCACUUUGGAGUCAACGCAUGUGCCGUCUGUCUUGAACAAUAUACGAGCAACAAUCACUUUUCAACCUACGUCAAUGUUCAUAGCUUUUCAUAGUUGCUGAACUUACUUGGAGCGGACUGGAUCCCCGGUUACGUACAAGUCUGUUCGCGAAGAAUAUAUCUUUUCUUGCUUAUCUUUUUUGUUUUUAACAAUCCUCGCGAUGUUGGCCCUUCGAUUUUAAUAGUUCCGAGUGCGGGUAGCGAUUAGAAAGUCGCGACGUCUGCGAAAAUUCUGAAUCUACCGUGAGAGAAAAAACGAAUUGGUGGUGUUGUAUGGUUGGCUCACUAUCGAUUUUCCCUGACAUUCGGCGCGGAGGGCGUUUUUAUAAUGGACAACCAUAUGGAUGUAAUGUGUACUUGAAAAUGGCAAUUGGAAAAAUGUUCGGCUUGACCGGCGGAAUCUUUUUGAUUGCAAUCCUUCUUCAUGUGGUACCAGCAACGACGGAGAUGGAGUACUUUCCAGGUCUGCGACGACCUCCUACCGGGUUAUCAAAUUGGCCUCAGCCCCAAACUGAUGACCUGUUCAAUCAACUUAGCAGUCUAAUCGAAGAGCAGGCAAGGCGUAGGUUUCAACAACAGUUGGCACAGCAACAAUACUAUCAAAGUCAGCACCAACAUGGUUCAAACCAACAACAGAAGGUGGCAAUAGAACCAGGGUUUACCUAUCGUUUCCCUGAAAACUCUGUUAACAAAGACGAACCUAUUCAAUUCGCUGCUAAUCCGUCGGAUCCUCGUUAUCAUGAAAAGAAUGUCGUGGAUCUAGAAAGUCAGGAUGUUUUUAAGACUAACUUGGAUGGAACUCGAGAUGUAGAUGGAAGACUUGAGGAGCAUUUAGUGUCGAAGCCAGCGGAGGAUGUUCCUUACUAUAAGCUCAAGCCACCAAUGGAUGUUAAUCCAAAAGUUCCCGCUAAUAAUAUUCGUGAAGACUUGAAGGCCCUUUUAGAUAAGCUUCAAAAGGAUGGACAAUCGAAUGCAAUCGUCAAUAGUGGCGUUGCUGGACUGGACAAAACGGAUGUAGUAAAGAAGCAUAUGACCAUGGACGACACUUUUGGGAUGUAUGUGGUUGCAUUAAUAGCCGGUAUCAGUGCUGCGGUUACUGUUGGACUUAUUGCACUUAUUAUUGGUUGGUACACACUGCACAAAAAAGCGAAGGCAGCAGCAGAUGUUGAGUAUCCGGCGUAUGGAGUGACUGGGCCAAAUAAAGACAUAUCACCUUCAGGCGAUCGACGAUUGGCACAAAGUGCUCAAAUGUACCAUUAUCAACAUCAGAAGCAGCAGAUCAUCGCAAUGGAGAAUAGGAGUAGUGGAGAAAACCCUGGAGGCUUGACUGAUGUUGAAAGUGAUGACGAGAAUGAGGAAGGCGAUUAUACUGUUUACGAAUGUCCUGGGCUCGCCCCUACUGGUGAAAUGGAAGUGAAAAAUCCCCUUUUCUUGGAUGAUACUCCAGUAACACCCUCGACAACUACUACUGAAGUACAAAAUCAACAGUCGCCUCUACCAUCCCAACAGAAGCAGGAAACACAGAAGAAAGCAACAGCCAAAAAACCUUCUGACACGAUUACCGAUGAUAACACUAAGCCAAAAAGUGGAAAGUAAUCGAGUUGACUUUUUUUUAAUAUAACUUUGCAAUUUAUAGUUGAGGUGAUAAAAUUGACCCACAAUCGUUUUCAGUUAGAUCAUAUAAUAAUGAGUUCAAAAAUGGGAAGCAUCCUAAAGAAAACUAUCAAGACUAUUGGUAAUUCAAGUCAAUUCGUUUCUUUUAAAAUAUCAAAAGCGUGAAACAAUUAAGAGAAUCAAUUUAAAAUGUUUAAGGCCUAGCUUAUGACGGCCUGUAAAUUAUGAAUCUAAUAGUCAAUAAACUCUAUUCCGAGCCUAUGCAAGUUACCUUUUAAAAGCCUAUUGCAGAGAUGUUUAUAUUAUUGUAUUUUAGUUACGAAAUCAGAAUGCGCCUAAUUUUCUCAAUUGGAAACUUAUUCUAAAAAACUAUUUGGGCGUUGAAAGCGAUAGUGUUUAAAGGAAUAAUAUAUUUUCAUAUGCGUACGAAAUGGAUUCCAGUCAUCCGAAAUCUUAUAGUCAUAUGGAUAAAUAGGGGUCACGUUUUUCUUAGUAAUAAUAUUCAACUGAGAUCAUGGAAAUUGUGACAAGAUUGUAGUUUUUAUACCAAAUUAUUCCUUCAAAUUCUCUUGCCCGGUUCCUAAAAUCUCUGUUUAUGAUAAAGUCAGUUCACUCGAAUAAUUUAAUUGCACAGUGGACGCUUGAGAAAUGGAUUAUCAGCAUAGUACAAUAGACAUUUUUCACUUAUCUCGAACGCCGUACCAAAUUAUGAAUGAUGAGCUUUAAGAUACUGCAGAGGGAAGAAUUCUAAUAGAAGAAUAUUGAAUUGAAUAUCCAGCAUGAGAUGAGGAGCAUCUCAGAAAAUAAUCAUUAUUGUCAAAUAUAUUGAACAUACACGUAUAAUUAUAUGAUAUGGUACUUACAUAUAUGUAAUGUCUAACUGUCUGGAAUAAUUAUUGAAUAAUAGAGGAGUUAACAUAGAUUGAUCUAGUGAUUAUAAUUCUUGUACAGCACUAAUAUGGGAACUAAUUUUCAGUUCGCUUUUACUUACGAAGCCUUCCAUUAUCUUAACUUAUACACUCCUUCGAAAUUCAAUCUGCAAAAAUACCCUCGUCCACUUGUCGGUUUGGAUUUUAUUUCGAAUAGUUUUACGUAGGUGGGAAAACAUAAAAGUGCAACAUGUAUAAAGUCGCAACCAUGAACAUUCCAAAACAGCAUACUGCUCUCUCUACCUUACAUAUAUAUAUAUGAAUAUAUACUACAAAUAUUUAUAAAAUUAUUAACUAUUCCAUAUAUUUUAUGAGUAAAGCAGAUGAUGUAAUGAAACUAUGAAACAUAUAGUCAGUCGACAUGAAUAAAAUAUACAAUAAAGAUAUAUGUUAACUGUAACA